AUGGUGCUCGAGCCAGAGGGGCUGUGCCACCACGGGAUCUCUGUGCCAGGGGGUCUCUAUGCCAGGGGGUCUCUGUGCUGGGGAGGGUUGUCUCUGUCAGGGUGUCUCUGUGCCACCAGCACUGGCCACCCCACAGUAACCCGUGCCCUUGUGGCCUCUGCUCUGCCCACAGCACGCGCUGAAGAUGUCGGAACCAGCCUCUACUUUGUGAACGACUCCCUGCAGCAGGUGACCUUCUCCAGCACAGUGGGGGUGGUGAUCCCCUGCCCGGCAGCAGGGUCACCCAGCGCUGUCCUCCGCUGGUACCUGGCCACAGGUGACGACAUCUACGAUGUGCCCCACAUCCGGCACGUCCAUGCCAAUGGGACUUUGCAGCUCUACCCCUUCUCGCCAUCAGCCUUCAACAGCUUCAUCCACGACAACGACUACUUCUGCACCGCGGAGAACUCGGCUGGCAAAAUCAGGAGCCCCAACAUCCGUGUUAAAGCAGUUUUCAGGGAGCCGUACACCGUUCGGGUGGAGGACCAAAGGUCGAUGCGUGGAAACGUGGCUGUUUUCAAGUGCCUCAUCCCCUCCUCAGUGCAGGAAUACGUUAGCGUUGUGUCCUGGGAGAAAGACACCGUUUCUAUCGUCCCAGGUAAGAGAGGAGCGCCUGUUCUCUGGAAAUCCGACCUGCUCUGCCAUGGGGACGUUUGCUGUCGUGGAGGCUCUGGUUUUUGGAGGGUCUGGUUUCUGGCUUGUUGUCUGUGCCUGUGCUGCCCAGCAAAGGCUUUCGGGGGUGAUUUGGCAGCUCCAGGCUGGGAAGUGCUGCUGGUGUGAGCACAGUAAGGUGCC